UAAAAACAUGGAAGUCCUAUUUGUGUAUUUUUUUUAUAUUUUAGUCUUAUUUAAGGUAUGGCGGACGAACGGAAGAAGAAAAAGGUUAGAGGUGCAAGGAAGUGCGAGAAGCUGUAUAAGAGGAGGAGGGAGGGUCACCCGCCUAUAGAGCUUGAGUGGGAGCGUGGGGAGCCUAUACGUGGACCGUAUAUUUCUGAGUUUUCUGGGCUUGUAGGGUUUGAGGUCCGAUUGAGAGUUCCGAUUACUUAUAAUAAUUGGCAUGAAGUCCCGAAAGACCUGAAGGCCACAGUACUCGACGGGGUUCAGGAUAUAUAUGUGAUACCUCCCGGUGGGGCCUCACAUGUCAUGACGGUUGUCGCGUCGAAACUUCGCGCUUUCAGGACAUAUUUACGAAAAGCCUAUUUGACGGAGGGUGGGGAACAUUACAGCAAGUCUCCCUCUGAUCGUUAUACCUUCAUAGAGCUAGAGCAUUGUGAGGAGUUUCAGAUCCAGAUGGGGACUCCGGAAGCUAAGGUCAAGCUGAAGAAAGAGGUCGCAGCCGGUACCUUUGUGCCAGAUGGGCACAAUGAUGUACUGACUAGAGCUUUAGGGACUGCCGAGCACCCGGGGCGGACGAGGGGUGUUGGGUCAUAUUCGGGCUUACGUAAAGUUUUCAAAGGCAACAUGAAGCCUCGUAAGCCCGAAGGUAACUAUAUGACUGAGGAGGAUCUUUUGCAGCGUCUUCCUUCCCUUCUGCAGCAUAGCAAGGCGUAUACAGAUUUUGUUGACUUCGCCGAUGUCACUGAGGUUGCUGCUUGUUACUUGAGGAUCUCUGAUCCAGCGGAUUACAUAGUGGCGCAUGGAUCGGUUUUCCCACGUGCACCGGGAGAUAUGGUGCAUGGUGUUCCCCUUCUUCCCCACCAGGUUAAGGUCUCUGUGACCCUUGUGCUUCCUGGAAUGGGUGAAUAUACCAUUCCUUGUCCGACUGAGCAUAUAGAGACUGUGGCCGAUUGUGAGGGGAGCUUCGUUACAUGGCCAAAGUCGUUGGUGGGCCUUGGAGAUCCCCCGGUGCAGACGGCUCGACAUGGCGACUUCUCAUCAAGCAAAUCUCGUCCCAUUCUCGGCGUAUGUCCCACUGCUCCUAGCUCUCCCGUACAAGAUGUUGUUGACCAGAGCUCAUACGUCGCAUUCGGACCGAGGUGCAGAGAGUUAUGUCAGUGGCUGACACGCACAUCUACUUUGCCUACCAUCAGCGUCAUUCUCGAUCCCGAGUCCAUGCUUUAUUCGGAGGAGACGGAGCUGAGGAUGCGUCCAAAGAAUAUACGUGAGUUCAUGCGAUGGGAGAAUGUCGAUCAGACCAUCAUCAUUGUUUUCUUGAGAUUGUUGCACAAUCAUAUCAUGGAGCACGGCAUCGCGUCUAUCGGGUUGUUAUGUCCGGAGAACAUGGCAUACGUGGUAGAUUUUGGAGAUUGCCAGUAUCUGGAUAGAGCACUCGAGACCUAUCAAUCGCGACCCUGGAUACUUAUGUCGUUGUAUCUAUCGACACCGUAUUUCAAUCUACUACGCCUUAUACUAAAGCCGAAUUAGAAGAGGAGAGAAGAAAACACAAAAAAAAUACUCCAUUUUUGUGCUAAGAAAGAAGAAGAAGAAGCAAGGAAACCAUUCAAGUGUCCAAAAUCCUGAAACUAAACAUAGCAUCCCACUUCUAGGAACAUCCGGAAGGUCCGAUUUACGCUAUCUUACAUCUGUUAACUCGAAAUACUAUCUAUACGAAAGUUAUAGCCUUACAUCUUAGGAAUCCACAGAAUCAAACGGUUUGAAAUUUCAUGAAGAAAUGAUGGAGAUAUGCCCAAAAUACGGCAGGCUGUCCAAUUGUGACAAGAAUGACAAAGUUGGUGAAUUUCGAUGUUGUUUCCACUCCCGCUCAUCCGUAAGGUUUCGGCCGAUGAUUUCCAGAGUAAGAACCAAUCAUAAAAAGUUGAAAACCACUUGGUUGGUUCGGACGCCAAAAACCAUAGCCAAUAACCGAGAGCCGAACGCCGGUUUCUGAAACCCGAACGCCGGAUGGCUUGGUUUUUGGUUUGGGCGAACACCAAGUGUUUUUAAUGACUUAAACAUGUUUGAAAAGCAUUUUUAUGAUUUAAGAAGUGCAAUGAAGGUUUUUAGCCUAA